UUUUAAUUGCUUGAACAAAAAGCAAAACUCAAAGGAAUUUUCUCUGUAUUUUUUUCUAUCUGCAGAAAAUUAAAGAAAAAAAGAGAAAACUCAAAAACCCACAUUUUUCCUCUGUUUCCAGCUUUUCUUUAUCUUUGGAGUUUGGUUUCUGGAGAAGACAAAAGUUGUUGUCCUUUUUAAGAGUUCGAGAUCCUGCAGAAAUUAAAAGGGCUCUUCCCGGCUUGGAUUCCUAAAUAUGGGUUCAGAGUAUAAGCAUAUAUUGAAGAGUCUCUGUUUAAGCCAUGGAUGGUCUUAUGCUGUGUUUUGGCGUUAUGAUCCCAUCAAUUCCAUGAUAUUGAGAUUUGAAGAAGCAUACAAUGAUGAACAAUCAGUCGCACUAGUUGAUGAUAUGGUUCUCCAGGCUCCUAUCUUAGGCCAAGGAAUUGUGGGAGAAGUAGCUUCAUCCGGAAACCAUCAAUGGCUGUUCUCAGACACAUUGUUUCAGUGGGAACAUGAGUUUCAGAAUCAGUUUCUCUGUGGCUUUAAGACUAUCGCAAUCAUUCCACUAGGAUCCAGCGGCGUUGUUCAGCUAGGAUCUACUCAAAAGAUUCUUGAGAGCACAGAGAUAUUGGAACAAACAACAAGAGCUCUCCAGGAGACGUGUUUAAAGCCACAUGAUUCCGGUGAUCUCGAUACUCUGUUUGAGUCACUGGGAGAUUGUGAGAUUUUCCCAGCUGAAUCUUUUCAAGGAUUUAGCUUUGAUGACAUCUUCGCUGAGGACAAUCCUCCUUCUUUGCUCAGCCCUGAGAUGAUCUCCUCUGAAGCAGCUUCUUCCAACCAAGAUCUGACCAAUGGAGAUGAUUAUGGGUUCGACAUUCUCCAGUCUUACUCUCUGGACGAUCUAUACCAGCUGCUCGCUGAUCCACCAGAACAGAACUGCUCUUCCAUGGUGAUCCAAGGAGUUGACAAGGAUCUUUUCGACAUUUUGGGGAUGAAUUCUCAAACGCCUACAAUGGCUUUGCCACCUAAAGGACUCUUCUCAGAGCUCAUAAGCAGCAGUCUUAGCAACAACACUUGUAGUAGUUCUCUCACGAACGUGCAAGAGUACUCUGGUGUGAACCAGAGCAAAAGACGGAAGCUUGAUACAUCAUCGGCGCAUAGCUCAAGCUUGUUCCCUCAGGAGGAGACAGUAACAAGUCGGAGUUUGUGGAUUGAUGAUGAUGAGAGAUCAAGUAUUGGAGGGAACUGGAAGAAGCCUCACGAAGAAGGUGUGAAGAAGAAAAGAGCAAAGGCAGGAGAAAGCAGGAGGCCGAGGCCUAAGGACCGUCAGAUGAUACAAGACCGUAUCAAGGAGUUGCGAGGGAUGAUUCCAAAUGGAGCUAAGUGUAGCAUAGAUACGUUGCUGGAUCUGACCAUAAAACACAUGGUGUUCAUGCAAAGCCUCGCCAAGUAUGCAGAGAGACUCAAACAACCAUACGAGUCUAAGGUAAUGAAUCAAAUAUAUCCAUUCAGUAAGUACACAAGUGUUUGAGUAUUGAUGAGUGAAUGAUGUUUAUCAGCUGGUGAAGGAGAAAGAGAGAACAUGGGCGUUGGAAGUGGGGGAAGAAGGAGUGGUAUGUCCGAUAAUGGUGGAGGAAUUGAACAGGGAAGGAGAAAUGCAGAUAGAGAUGGUGUGUGAGGAAAGAGAGGAGUUCUUGGAGAUAGGACAAGUGGUGAGAGGAUUGGGAUUGAAGAUAUUGAAAGGAGUGAUGGAAACAAGAAAAGGACAAAUAUGGGCACACUUCAUCGUACAGGCAAAGCCACAAGUCACAAGGAUUCAAGUCUUGUACUCACUUGUUCAGCUCUUUCAACACCACACCAAACAUGAUGAUUUAUUAUCAUAGUAUAAUACCUACCACUUUGAUUUUCUUUCUUUUUGUUACAACAACAACACAAGAAUCUGUUGAUAAAUAGUAGUAACAUUACAUCAAAGAAGAUUGUAUGGGCUCGUGGAAAAAAAAGAAGAAGAUUGUAUGGGCUUUAAAACAUUGACUAAGACAAAGAAAGAAGGCCCAUUUAAAGAAAAAAGGAACGUAACGACAC